CUGACGCACACCCUUAAAAUAAUAACCCAUGUAAACACGGGUAGGCCUACAUCGCUCUUCGGUGUGCAAAUGGCAUCAGUGCACGUAACGACGCCGCGCCGGUUCGUAGGAGUGUUAAGGUGAGGGUGUGUUAGAGGCCAAAUGUUUUGGUAAACCCGCUACUUCGAUGAGCGUCAAACGAGAGAAGGGCCUGGUACACAGUGCGCCCAUCGGACUAUGCCUUCCACAGCUCGGGAGGAAAGCAAAAAAGGGAGCGGACAGGCAGAGGACGGAGCGACGGACAGCGACGACAGCGGCCGUCUCGUGUGCGCUCUGGAGAUGGAGAUGACAAACCGCAGCCUGCACGGAGGCUCCAAGGUGGAUUGUGUAAAUUGCGAUGGCUUGCUCAAAUCAAACGGCGGCGACUCGACAGUGUCGGUGCCGCUGUCACUUCCAGGGAAGCGGACAGCUCACAUGGAGGGAGACGACCUCUACAGACUGCGGGACAGAAAGUUUUUAUUAGAGGAUAAAAAGCGGCUUUGCGCGCUAGCCUUGGGCACCGCUCUGCUGGGGAUACUGCUCAUGAUCAUCCACGCCGAGACGUGUCCCCGCUUCUAUAAACCGGGCUCAAACACUGCCUUAUUCAUCAACUGUUCCAUCAGCCUGUCCACUGGGUGUCUCCUGAUCCUCAUCAUAGCCUUCCAUUAUAAGGACAUCAGGCUGUUCAUCAUUGACCACAACCAGGUGGAUUGGCAUAUUGCCAUGACCAGACAGAGAGUUCUUCUGAUCAUUCUGGAGCUGUCAGUCUGUGUCAUCCAUCCUGUUGGCACAUACUGGGAGGUGGGCCUCCAGCCCAACUCCUCUUCCUCAGCCACACUCUGUGUUUCCAACCACCGUGGCGAGCACAUGAUCAACGUGGAGCUGCUGCUAUCAGUGCUGAUGUUCCUCCGCUUGUACUGGGUUCACAGAGCCAUCCUGCUGCACAGCAAAGUGCUGCUGAGUGCCUCUUACAGGAGCAUCGGCUCGCUCAACAACAUCAACUUUACCUUCCGCUUUGUACUCAAGAUAUUGAUGAACAAAUACCCGGCACGCACACUGUUGGUCUUCAUCAUCUUCUUUUGGAUCACUGCGUCCUGGAUGCUUACACUGUGUGAGAGAAAAACUGACGCAACAACAGGCAAGAUGGACACGGCAAUGUGGCUCAUAGCCAUCACUUUCCUCACAGUGGGCUACGGGGAUGUGGCGCCCAACACCAGCUGUGGCAAGGCGGUGUGUCUCUUCACUGGAGUCAUGGGUGUAGCCUGCACUGCCAUGCUGGUAGCGGUCGUUAGCAAGACGCUGGCAUUGAACAAAGGAGAGAAACAUGUGCACUUCUUCAUGCUGGACAUCCAGAUCUCCAAAAGGAUCCGCCACGCUGCUGCUAAUGUGCUGAGGGAAUGCUGGCUUCUGCACCGCACAAACCUGACAAAGGGCAACCGCGGUGAGCAGCGAAGACACCAGAGAUGCCUUCUGGAAGCCAUCAGAGUAUUUCGGCAUUUACGUCUCAAACAAAAAAAGCUGAGAGAUUACGUCAGUGAGAUGGUGGACCUCCCUAAGAUGCAGAUGAUCAUGUGCGACCUCAGUGCCAAUUGGAAUAACUCCUAUCGUGAGCUGGAGCAGCGUAUCCUCUCCAUGGAGCAGAAGCUUGACGAGCUGAGUCGCUGCUUCCAGCAAACCUCUGAGAUGCUGUCUCAGGUCCUACGUCACCGUAACCCAGAGAUCAGGUGACAUGGCUACAUACACUUGUUAUGGAGACAGAUAACUGUCCUCAGUGCUUUCUUCUACAGUAUCCAUGAAAGUGAGAUGGUUAAUCCUCUCAACCCAGAGCUGCUCCAGACUCAUAACAUGCUGAACCACUUGGAGGACUGGCAUACCUACUAAAGAUCUCAUCUUCUGGCCCUGUGCUGAGUGCACGGCAAAAUGACUCAUAGCUGUAAAAUUAUACAGAUAAAAUACAACUUCCAUCCACUGUGGGAGAAUCACACAGCGCUUUUUGAGAAAUCUUUUGUGUUUCCAGCAGUUAUAUUUGUAAUGGUGCACAAAAAACUGAAUUAAUCUCAAACAAGAACUGUGGAGAGCCUUAUGAUCCACUCCAUCAAAGGCUCCAGGGUUUGUUUUCUUAUCUGCUACAUGCGAGGUUUCAUUGAAGGACUUUGUCACUGCCUUAUUCCCGUGGAAUAAGAUACUUAUUUUUUACAAAUGAAUUUUAUUUGAAAUUUCUUGCAGUAUUUCAGUGUUAGCCUUAUCACUUUUUUUAAAAACUCUUGCAAAUCCUUUUUUUAAAUCAGCAGACAGUUUUAUGGUUGAAUGAUUGAUUAUUGUUCGCAGCAGGCUUACUGAAUAUAAUACAAUCACUGACGAUUACUCAUUGUUCUGAUUU